AUGGAUGACGAGCGACUACCCAAACGACUCUUCUACGGAGACGUCGCGACGGGUUCUCGCCGCCAAGGAAGCCAAAUUCGCCGUUACAAGGAUACCCUGAAGUCCUACCUGAAGCGUCUGCAAAUCAACCGGACCAACUGGGAAGAGCUCGCCCGCGAUCGUCCAACAUGGAGGAGAACAGCGAAGACGGGCGCUGCUAUCUAUGAAGCCAAUCGCAUAGCCGCCACCAAAGUGAAACGCGAAGGCCGCAAAUCAUAA